AGUAAGGUGAAACAAAGUAUGCGGUGGCCUGUGUUAUUACAACUUGUAUAUGAAAUUUAUACUGUCUGUAUGUAUGAAGGAACAGACAUGAUUUGGCAAAAAGACAGGCAAACAUUCCCUAUUUACAACAAAGUUUGCAAACUAUACAUGAUAGAAUGCAUCGAUGUUUAGUAUAAAAAAACAUGCUUUAAUACCAACAUGAUAAGUAAGGUCUGUAUGUCAUGCAACAUGCGAUUACUUUGUUUUUUUUUUCAGCCAAGUUCACAUAAGAGAUUGCAAUAUCAGGGAUAGAAUCAAAUAAUAGCCUAUAAGUUGAGUGAUAUGUCAUAUAGAUGAAUAAAAACACAUAUCGGAUUUGUAAAAGAAGAAUUAAGUUUAUGUAAGGACAUACCACCUAUUUUUUCCCCUUGUGCUCUUUUCAUUCCUAUCAUUCUUGUUCAGGAUCUUGGCUGGUAACACAAACCUUUUAGGUUUGAUCCAGAAUGAAAAAGCUGAAAGACUGAAAUGAGGCUACAAUUGGCCAUGUAGCCAUAAACACAAUAAUAGAUGGAUAUUCCCGCAUGUACUUCAGCAACAGCAAGGUCCACAUCCCCACCUCCCCCCUACAAUGACUUUAAUAAAUUUCCCAUUUAUGAGGAAAUAAUUCCAGCUUCACCUCCACCCGAUUACACCGUCGCUAUAGCACCACCUGCUGACAGGGAGAGAGUCAAUCUUCAAGAGAUUCCUCAAAACCCCAAUAGAAGGAGGGCAAACCCUUAUCCUGUCCUCAAUGUGCCCCCUCGAAUUGAAAUAGUCGAACACAGAGAACAAAUAUUCAUGCAGCAGAUAUUGCAGCCUGUAGCUCCUCAGGUGGUCGUGGUGCAGCCACAGCAGAUGCUUGUUCUUUUGGAUGACACACCGACAGCGACUGUGUGCAAGUACUGCCAUAAGAGCAUCAUCACUGAUGUGAAAUAUAAAUCUGGUUCUGCUGCAUGGGGCAUGUGCUGCUUAUUAACUGUACUUGGGUUCAUUUGUGGAUUUUGCCUCAUCCCAUUCUGUUUCAGCGGUUUUAAAGAUGCCCAUCACUCCUGUCCUUACUGCCAUAAGCACUUAGGAAUAUACAUCCGCAAAUGACUUUAUUUCCAAACUCUCACACACAUUCAACAUUAUGAUCAAUAGUUGUAUUUUAAAAGUCUAUAAACUGCCACAAUGUUUUAAAAUAAGUAUAAUGAAAAAUAUAUUUGCUUAUGAUUUACUUAUAGGUCCUAUUUACAUAUUUUUAAAAAAUGUAUCCAAACUGUUACACAGUAUUAAUGUGAUAAAUAUAUUUAAGUGCGCUAAUUUUAAAUUUGUUCACUACUCACUGCUGUGUGUGUGCACUUGGAUGGGUUAAAUGCAGAGCACUAAUUUCGAGUAUGGGUCACCAUACUUGACAAGACGUCACUAACUAACUUAAUGUAGUUUUCUUACUUGGAAAAAAAGCUAAAUAUCUUUACAUAAAAUCUUUCCUUUAAUAUAAAUGAGGCUGUCAUACAUUUUACAAAUACCAUUUGUGAUUGCACAUUUUAUUAUCUGUAUUAAUAUGUAAAUAACAAUAUACAUUUAAGAUAUUAAAUGUAUACACUAUUGUAUUGUUGAUCAUGAGCUUGAAGGAUUUAAAGCAUUCAUUAUCUUCUGUCAGUCUAGUAUAAAAACAAAGAUGUCAAAAUGUAAUAUGUCCUCAUGUCUUAUUUACGUUUACAAGCCAGGGUUGAAUAGCAUUAUUUUUCAAUAAAAUCAAGAAAAUUAAAUUAAAAAAGAAGCAAGUUGAGUGUCACAUAUUGAGCACUGAAGGAAUGGCGAUAAACACAUCUAUCCAGAUUAUGAGCUACAUAAUUCUGAUUAUAUCCUUUGCAAUUUGUUAAUAUCUUUAUCUAUCUACUGAUGAUAUGAUAUAUAUAACUGUUGUACAAAUUUAAUGUAAUACAAAUAAAAAAGACUACUAUGUAAUAUAUUUAUGUAUAAUUUCAUAAAACAU